UUGGCAUGGGUGGCUGUAGCACAGAUACAUGAGAGGAGCACAAUCAAUGGAGCACGCCAAAUUAGAAAGCAGUCAAAUAUGGACCGAAAGAUGAUACGGAACGUUUUUGUGCAGAUGUUAUAACGAGGUAGCUAACUAACAAGCCAGUACAUUGGAUAAAUACAACAGCGUUGCAAGUGAAACGCCUACAUAGCAGCUUGACAGCUACGCUUUCGUCUGUCUGUGUGCGUGGAGUGCCUAUGGCGGAGUUUGGAGAGAACGACGGCUCAUCUCCAUCGAAUACUGGGGAUUCGGUGGCCUUGCCCAGUGAUAAAACAGACGGGAAGACGCAGUGUGAAGUAUCGGUAUUCAAUGGGGACUGUGGGAUACAGGCAGGCAUGGUUGGCUCAGAAUCCGUCGCAGUAACGUUACCUGACAGCCCAUGGCUUGAAACAGCCAACAACUCCUCUGUCGGAUUGGAUUCCAAAUCAGGAAUACCACGCAGGAGCAGCAUUAUAAAGGAUGGUUCGAGGCAGCGCAAAGAGAGGAAGAAGACGGUUUCGUUCAGCAGCAUGCCCACUGAGAAGAAGAUCAGCAGUGCGAGCGACUGCAUCAACGCCAUGGUGGAUGGCUCUGAACUGAAGAAGGUGCGCUCCAACUCCCGCGUUUACCACCGCUACUUCCUCCUGGACGCCGACAUGCAGUCUCUAAGGUGGGAACCCUCCAAAAAAGAGUCAGAGAAAGCCAAAAUUGAUGUCAAGGCCAUCAAAGACGUGCGGACAGGGAAAAACACAGAAACUUUUAGGACCAACGGAAUAUAUGAUCAGAUAUCAGAGGACUGUGCCUUCUCAAUCAUCUAUAGGGAGAACUAUGAGUCUUUGGACUUGGUUGCAAACUCUGCCGAUGUGGCCAACAUAUGGGUGACCGGGCUUAGAUACCUGAUAUCCUAUGGGAAACACACCCUGAAUAUGAUUGAGAGCAACCAGAACAACAUGCGCUCCUCCUGGCUCGGUGACCUUUUUGAGCAGGCUGAUGCUAACAACAGCAAGCACAUCAGUCUAUGUGCUGCCGUGCAGCUAAUUAAAAACCUAAACCCUGGACUCAAAAACGUUAAGAUUGAACUCAAGUUCAAGGAGUUUCACAAAUCUAAAGAUAAGGUGGGAUGUGAUGUGACUAAGGAGGAGUUCAUUGAAGUCUUUCAUGACCUUUGCACAAGACCAGAAAUUUAUUUCCUCCUUGUCCAGUUCUCUAGCAACAAGGAAUUUCUAGAUACCAAGGAUUUAACUAUGUUUCUGGAGGCUGAGCAGGGUAUGGCACAAGUAAGUGAAGACACCAGUCUGGAGGUCAUUCAGAGCUAUGAACCUUCCAAAGAGGGGCAGCUCAAGGGCUGGCUCUCCCUUGAUGGGUUUACCAAUUAUCUAAUGUCGCCAGAGUGCCACAUCUUUGACCCUGAACAAAAAACAGUGUGUCAGGACAUGAACCAGCCCUUGUCCCACUAUUACAUCAACGCUUCCCACAACACAUACCUGAUCGAGGAUCAGUUUAGAGGCCCCUCUGACAUUACAGGGUACAUCCGUGCCCUCAAGAUGGGCUGUCGUAGUGUAGAACUAGAUGUCUGGGAUGGACCAGAUAAUGAGCCUGUCAUUUACACUGGCCACACAAUGACCUCGCAGAUAGUCUUCCGCAGUGUCUGUGGCGUCAUCAACAAAUAUGCCUUUGUUGCAUCUGACUUUCCCCUGAUAUUGUGUCUGGAGAACCACUGCUCCUUAAAGCAGCAGAGGGUCAUGUUUCAGCACUUGAAAAAGAUUAUUGGGGAUAAGAUUCACAUUGAUCCACCCUCACCUGAGGACAGCUACCUGCCCUCACCCUUUGACCUCAAGUGUAAGAUCCUGCUGAAGGGGAAGAAGCUGGGCACGACCUGCACUAGCUCGGAGGGCGAAGUGACAGAUGAGGAUGAGGGGGCUGAGAUGUCCCAAAGAAUGAACAUUGAAGCCGACGAACAACAGAGCAUCCCACGGAAAAGGUUCCAGCUGUCCAAGGACCUCUCUGACCUGGUAACGUUGUGUAAAUCGAUUGAGUUCAAAGACUUCCCAACAGCUUUCCAAAGCCAGAGGCACUGGGAACUUUGCUCGUUCAACGAGGUCUUUGCCAGUCGCUGUGCCAGUGACUUCCCAGGCGACUUUGUUAACUACAACAAGAAAUUAUUAGCGAGAGUCUACCCCAGCCCAAUGCGGAUCGACUCCAGUAACAUGAACCCUCAGGACUUCUGGAAGUGUGGUUGCCAGAUCGUGGCAAUGAACUACCAGACCCCCGGCCUGAUGAUGGACCUAAACAUCGGCUGGUUUCGUCAGAAUGGGAACUGUGGUUAUGUGCUGCGACCAGCCAUAAUGAGGGAGCAGGUGUCAUAUUUCAGUGCCAACACUAAAGACUCAGUGCCUGGCGUGUCUCCUCAGCUCUUGCACAUAAAAAUCAUAAGUGGACAAAACUUCCCCAAACCCAAAGGCUCAGGCUCCAAAGGAGAUGUUGUUGACCCUUACGUCUAUGUGGAGAUCCAUGGCAUACCUGCUGAUUGUGCAGAGCAAAGGACUAAAACUGUCAAUCAGAAUGGGGAGAACCCACUGUUUGACGAAAGCUUUGAGUUUCAGAUAAACCUACCUGAGCUGGCCAUGGUACGCUUCGUGGUGCUGGAUGAUGACUACAUUGGCGACGAGUUCAUCGGCCAGUACACAAUCCCCUUCGAGUGUCUUCAGCCGGGAUUCCGGCAUAUACCGUUACAAUCGCUAACAGGGGAAGUCCUUCCCCACGCCUGGCUGUUUGUCCAUGUGGCCAUUACCAACCGAAGGGGCGGGGGCAAGCCUCACAAGAGGGGGCUGUCUGUGCGCAAGGGCAAGAGAAGUCGGGAGUACGCCACCAUGAGGGUGCUGGUCAUCAAGGCUGUGGACGACAUCUUCAAAACAGCCAUACUGCCACUGAGGGAAGCCACCGACCUCAGAGAAAACAUGCAG